AUGCCAUUCGCUCUGCAUCAUUAUUUUUCUCACCAUCCUCAAAACAGGCCCAACCAAUCUCGGAGCACAAAGAAGAAUACAACAAAAGAGGAUGACCUCGGCAAUUUAUGGAUCGAGGAACAUGAUCGAACGGGAGGAAUGAAAUUUAAUUCACAACAUUCGAAGAGAGUGGUGAGUGAGCUAAAUUUGGCCAAUUUGCAACAACUUCAAAAGAGGCAAGAGAUGGUGUCUGGCAAUGAUUUUAUCGAUCCACAAAAUGGAGAUAAUGAUGACGGCGAAGAAGAGGAAAUUAUUGAAUUGAAAAAUGUCUCUCUUCAGAAUCAUGAAGAAAAUUCAUUACGGCAACAUUUAUCGAUUGACGAUUUUGAAGAAUUUGAAAUACAACACAAGAAUGAAAAUAUAAAGCGAAAUAGAUCCAUCAUGACCUUUGAAAUUCAUAACAAUUUCAAGAAAAAAUUGAUGUCAAGUGAAUCCUCAAACGGUUCGAAUUCAAAUAAUCAUGGAGUUGAGUCAGCAAGAAAUAGUUUUGACAUGGACUCAUAUUUAGAUCAUACUGACUCUGCCACGUUGUUGGACCAAUCACAUAAGGACAGCAUGGAACAAGAUGAAUUUUAUACUCGUCACUCACUUGAGGAAGAACACCAUCAAUUCUAUCAGGCUCAUUGGUAUUCCACAUCACCUCAAGCAAUUUGGAAACACAUCACGGAUGCUGGAAUGACCUUAUUGCCUCAUAUUUUACUGACCUCAAAUUUGAUUUUAUUUGCUGGAUUUUUCUUAUUGUCUCCACAUGCUAUGAAAAUAUUUCGGCCGAUCAUUUUUGGUGUUUUUAGAAUUGGAAUCAUGAUUGUUUGCAUGCUUCCCUUAAUGUUAUAUUUUGAUCGAAAAUAUUCAUUUAGGUCCGAAAAAAGUUUGAGAAGGAGAAGAGAGGCCUAUAUAUCUACUCUAUCAGCAGCAAGAGAGUCCUGCAAUUAUGUGAUUUAUUUAUUCUACUCGGCAUGGUAUUAUUUAUUCUACACAAAAUUCUUUGAUUCAAUUUUGAGGAAAAUUCCAAAGAAGAAGCAAGCUAAAACACUAGCCUUGUGUGGAAUCAUUAUUAUUAUGAAUCAAAUUACAUUUCUCUCGGGGUAUUAUCUCACCAAUGCGACUGUGAGUGGAAGUAUGUCACCGCUCACCGCCGUCAUUACAUGCUCGCUUUCAAUGCUCAUGGGAACUGAACCAAAAUCAUGGAUCAAACUGUUUGGAGUUGUCACAUCCGUGUGUGGAGCUAUUGCAAUGGUUCUCAUCACUGCCUUCCUUAAACAACACUCUUUCAGCGCCAUCUAUUCAGAAAUUACAUCCGAAGAUCCAUUGCAUCAUUAUUGGAAUCCGUACCACCCUGGCGAGUUUACAAAGCCAUCGACAUCGAGUGUGACAUUCGUGUUGGGAGUUUUUUGUUUAAUGUUGAGCACGUUGGCAAAUUCUCUCUACUUGCUCUUACAAAAGAAAUUACUGAAUAAGGGAGUUCCUUCAAUUUCAGUUACUUUUUGGUCCUUCUUUUUUGGUUAUGGAAUUCUUGUCAUUGUUGGCUUAUUUUUCUUACCGAUUAAUUGGAGACGAAUGGAUUGGAUGUCCGUUCUUGGAUUAUUCUAUGCUGGAUGCCCAUUUGGAGCUUUUCAAUUUGUUUUCCAAACUAAGGCGAGCAGCAUGACAACUCCAACGAUGGUUGGAAUUUACUCCACAAUGUCACCAAUGGUUGGAAUUGUGACUGGAUUUGCAUUCCUUGGAGAGAAAACAUCUCCUUUUGUCCUAUUCGGAGGAAGUUUCAUUAUCAUUGGAGUUGUUUUUGUGUUAUUUGCUCGAUGGAGAGAAACUCAUAGCAAGCAACUUUUGGAUGGAAAAAGCAUCGAAGACAAACUGAAAACACCCAGCAACAACGAUCACACAUGUGCAAGCAGUGGAGAAUCGUUGACGUCGUUAAUGGGUCCAGUCUUGUCUUCAAAUGACAUUCAAAUAGCUGACAAGUCCACACAAACAAAGAAAGAAUUGUCAUCCAGCUUGAGGCCUCAAGUAAUAUUCAAAGAAGAAUCAUCGAACAAGGUGUGA